AGAGGAAACCAGUUCAGCACCGUGAACCGAUGGACAGUACAUACCAGAAAAUAUGAGAUUUAUUUAUUAUUCUGGAUCCACAUCCACCCUAUUCUGCGUCACAUUGCCUUUCUUUGUUUUAACUUAAUUCUCUAAUAUUAGAAACAUUAAUUUAUUUUUUCUCUUGCAAGUUUCCAUUAUCGAAUCCUGCAUGAACCAUGACACCACCAUUUGACUUGUUUUGAAGCAUCAAUGGAGAGACAGAGAAGUUUCUCCUUCAAACCCACUAGGUUUUUGGUUUUCUCAUUCACAAUCUUUUCCUCCUUCCUCAUCCUUUCUACUUUCACCAUCUGGCUCACCAAUUCCUCACCUUUAAUUCGUCAACAGGUUCAUCUUCACUUCAACACUUCUUCUAAUUCUUCUUCUUCUGUGGGACCUCCUCCUUUAACUGUUCAAUCCUUGACUGGUUUCACCAAAAACUUCACUGUAAGUGGUGUCAAAGUUCCAACUUUGAUCGAUAACCGUCUUGCUAGGACCCAGAGAAGCUUCUCUAGAUCCAAAUCUGAACCUGUACGACACCAUGUUGAUGUUGGUGCUUCAAAUGUUAACUUCACGGCAAUGCAAGAGCGUGGAAAUUCACCUGAGAGAGGACCCGGCAACGAAGAGAAGAAAGUAGUUGCGGGUGGUUUAGUUGGGGAAACUCAAGUUGCUAUUUUGACGAAGAUUGAACAGAAGAGAGUUAAAGGAUGUGAUUUAACAAAAGGGUAUUGGGUUUUUGAUGAAAGCUAUCCCCUUUAUUCCAAAGGUUCGUGCCCUUUUGUGGAUGAAGGUUUUGAUUGUGAGGGAAAUGGAAGAUUGGAUAGAAACUACUCUAAGUUGAGAUGGCAGCCCAAAGGCUGUGACCUUCCAAGGUUCAAUGCAACAAAAAUGCUGGAGUUGAUUAGAGGGAAAAGGCUUGUUUUUGUGGGUGAUUCCAUUAAUAGGAACCAAUGGGAAUCAAUGUUGUGCAUGUUAUUGGGGGCUAUUGAAGAUCCAAAGAGAGUGUAUGAGACCCAUGGAAGGAAGAUUACCAAAGAGAAGGGAAAUUAUAGUUUCAGGUUUCUGGAUUAUAAAUGUACCGUUGAAUACUAUGCCAGUCAUUUCUUGGUUCAUGAAAGUAAGGCAAGAAUAGGGCAAAAACGAAGACCAACCUUGCGAAUUGAUGCUAUUGAUCACGGUUCUUCUAGAUGGAGGGCAGCUGAUAUUUUGGUUUUCAACACUGCACAUUGGUGGUCACAUUACAAAACAAAAGCUGGGAUUUAUUACUACCAAGAAGGAAGUCUAGUUCAUCCCCAGCUAAAUGUUUCUACAGCUUUCAGGAAAGCUUUAUUGACUUGGGCUUCAUGGGUGGACAAACACAUUGAUCACAGAAAAACCCGAGUUUUCUUUCGAAGUUCAGCACCAUCACAUUUCAGGGGUGGUGAUUGGAAUUCCGGAGGGCAUUGCACAGAAGCCACUCUUCCUCUUAAUGAAACCUUAAGCACUACUUAUCCUGAGAAGAAUAUAAUCGUAGAGGAGAUAAUAAAGCAAAUGAAAACUCCUGUGACAUUGUUGAAUAUAACUAGUUUGUCAGAAUAUAGGAUUGAUGGCCACCCAUCAAUUUAUGGGAGAAAAACACGGUCCUCUAAGAUUCAAGAUUGUAGCCAUUGGUGCCUUCCAGGGGUUCCUGAUACAUGGAAUGAACUAUUAUAUUUUUAUCUACAAAGUAGAUGAGGGUGACAUGUUCAAACUGGUGUACCCUUUAUAUUUUCUUGGGUGAAUCUGGCGUAUUCCGUGGUUGAUAAUCAUAUACUAAUUUUUAAAAAAUACUUAGAUCCAUUUAAGAUGAUGUUUUCUAAUAGAUGUUCUUCUAUACACAUGGAUUUAAGAAUCAAAUACUUUAAUCGCUUGCUUUUCGACCAUAUUAUACCAUGUUGGUCAUUAAUCUGUACAUAUAAC